CGGUUGGGCUGCGGGGCCCCGAGGGCGGCGGGCCCUACGCGCGGCGUUCCCCCGGGCGGCGGGGCUGCGGCACAACGCGGGCAGGCGGCACGGGGCUUCUCCGACGCGGCAACGCCGGCUCGCCGGCUUUGGGAGCAGACGCAGCGCGGAGCAGCGCCGGGGCUGGAGUCCCUGCGGCCCUGGGUAAUUAAAUGGAUCUUCAGAGGCCAAGUCGCUAAAAUUAACAGAAAAUGGCAUAUCGAAGAGAUGAAAUGUGGUCUGAAGGACGAUAUGACUAUGAAAGACUUCCAAGAGAACGCCUUCCUCCAAGGAUUCAUCCUGAUGAUGAUUACCACAGAGUAGUAAACGUCAUUCCCAAGAAACCACCGCUUCUUGAUAGACCUGGAGAAGGGAGUUACGGUCGCUAUGAUGAUUACAGCCAUGCUGAGUACAGAGACUAUGAGGAGGGUCGCAGUUUUGCCCAUGAGCGAAGAAGUGGCCCACCGCACCGAGGCGUACAUAAGGAUGAGUCAGGAUACAGAUGGCCAAGAGAUGAUCAUCCUAUGAAUCGUCAGACUGAGUACAGGAAGGUCAGAGAUGGCUUCAGGAGAAAAAGCUUCCAUCCCUCUCAUUAUAUGAGAGAGCGAUCCCCUCAUAAGAGAGACUCUCCUUUCUUCAGGGAAUCACCAGUGAGCCGAAGGGAUUCUCCGCACAGCAGAUCUGGCUCUAGUGUGAGCAGCAGAAGCUACUCUCCUGAAAGAAGCAAAGCCUAUCCUUUCCACCAGUCCCAGCAUAGCAGAAGUAUGUCAUCUUUACAUAAAAGAAAUAUUUCUUCUCAGCAAGGUAAAGAAAGGUCUUCAGUUCAGUCAUCGAAAACAUCAAGAGAUGCAUCACCGUCGGGUUCCACAGCAGUACCCUCAUCAAAGGCCAUGGAGAAGAGCAACAGACUAUCAGAAAAGGAACUUGCAGAAGCUGCAAGCAAAUGGGCAGCUGAGAAGUUAGAGAAGACCGAUGAAAGCAAUUUACCUGAAAGAACAGAGUAUGAGGCUGGAUCGUCAGCUCCGUUAUAUGUCGAACAAACAGAGGAAACAGAAACAAAUAUAACUGAUAGCACAGAAUUAUAUGAGGAUAGCCAACUUCUUUGCCGCUCAAAAGCAAUUGCAACUAAAACCAAGGAGAUUGAACAGGUAUACAGACAAGACUGUGAAACCUUUGGCAUGGUGGUGAAGAUGCUGAUUGAUAAAGAUCCAUCAUUAGAGAAGUCCAUUCAGUUUGCUCUGAGGCAGAAUUUGCAUGAAAUAGGAACAAGGGAUUUGAUUUUGUGUCAGUGUAAGAAGCUGUCCUUGGUCUCACAUGGAACCUCAAGGGGACUGCUAGAAAGGGGCAGGAAAAGCGUUGAUAGAAGGAACCAGAUGCUGUGCAGGAGGAAUUGUUCUUUGUCACUUCAGGAGCUCCUGGAAACACAACAGACUUCUAGGACUCAUUAAUGUGCAGAUGCCCUUAAAAGAAUGAAAGGGUAAGAGGAAGCGGAAGGAAACAAGUGUGGAAAUUCAGUGCUAGCUGCUGGGGCUGCAGUGAACCUAAACGGGUCUGUCAUCUCAGUGGGGGUGAGCUGGCAGCCUUGAGUGACAAGUGGAGCAGUUAGGGUGAAAGUCAGCAAUAUAACCACUACAGAUAUGCAGCGUAUCAGAGGAACUGCUUCCUUGUGACUGUGUUUCUGUGGAGGAUUUCCUCUUUUGGAGGGUGAGGAUAACGUAUGGCUCAAACAUUGCUCACUGUCAUGAAGGUAUGAGCUCCAGUCGCAAUAUAGGUACCCCUUCUAAUAAUGGGAAACCAAAGGUGUACAUUCUGUACCUGUGUCUAGUGCAGGAAGCAGACAUUAUAGCCCAAAUCGUUUCCUUCAUACAGAAAUGGAAGAAUGGAUUACAAACAUUUCUCAAAAUAAAUUGUUCAAAAAUGACGUAGAAAUCUUUUAUAUCAAGCUGUAGAGAAGCAGAACGGUCUUACAGGCAUCUUAAAACUUAACAUAUAAUAUCUGAAUUGGAUAGUAGUACAAAAAGCUGCCUGUUUCGUUAAGUGUGGUUACAGGCACCUGUUAUUCUUCCCCUGGUGGAAGUAUCCCUCAGUGAUCCAUUCCUCAGCAACACACUACUUUUUAAAUGUUUCUGAUGGUCUUAAUUGCUUGUGGCCCUGCAGCCUAGCGCAGGUAGGGGAUUGCAAUGUGCCUCAAAGCAGAGGUACCUAACCUAGCCCUGAGGAAGCUGCUCAGCCAGAGCACUGCUUCCCUGGGCAUCGUGCUGUGCAGCUGUACCUGCCUUCACUGAGUAUCAUCCUGAGGGAAGAGAGUUCACAGCUCUUGCCUUGGGCUGGCAAGAAUGGCUACUUUUUUUUUUCCUUUGGUUUGUUGUUGUUUUAUUUUAAUAAUGAUAUGGGAAAGAGAGUCAUCUUUCAACUCAUUUAUUUGGAGCUUUAGAGGGAGGUGCUAUGGAAGCGAGCUCUCUGAAGACAGCUUAUAAAUGAUACUGGAUAUUUGUGUUGAAUAGUUGCAUUGGUUAAAGGAGGAAGUGAUCUCACGCAAUCAUUUGGUACUCCAUAAAGCUUUGUGCUGCAGGAGAGUAUGUGCUGCACCUCCGAAGAUGGAGUAAGACAGAACAAGUGCUGCUGGGGAUGUACCUGCAUGAAGCACUCACUCCAAAAUGGGCCCAGCAGUAGCAGCGGGGCAUGUUGUUCCAGAGGAUCCUGAUAACCUAUCUUCGCAAACGCAGUUACAAAUGGAAAACCCCAGUCCCUGUUUGAGUAGCUGGGGGAAAGCGCUAACAAGUCAGUAUUGCUCCUGAAGUCCUGGAAGUCCUUAGCAGGCUGGCUGUUGUAAUGUCCUCAAGCACAACAGCCAUUUAGCUGCUAGGAAAGCAAAUGCUGCCUAAACCACUGGGGCAGUGUGCCAGCUGGAAGCAUCCCACAAGCCGCCCAUUGGCUCCUGUAGUGUAGCAUGAUAUUACUUUGAUCAUCUUUCAUCUUCACAAGACUUGUUUGUACUGGAAAAGUGACUUAUAUGGUGAACAGCACCUCUGGGAAUAAAGGAUCUUCUGCUUAUUUUAGCCUGAAAAAUAUAAGCAAGUAACAGCUAUUUUGACUCAGCUGUAACAGUAACUUCAGUUUGUUGGGUGUGAGCAAUAGUCAUGUGUCCAUUCCAUCCCUUAUUUCUAGCUGCUUUUAUUUCAAAACUUUUAAUAUCCUUAGAAAUGACUUACUUCAAUGUGCCAGUUUUGUUCAUGUAAGAAGCACCUGUGUCCUCAUUAAUUACCUAUGGUCAGGUGGUCAGAAAGCCUGCUGUUUUAGCGUUGACUAUUCCAAUGGGCAGUCGUCAGUAUUAAGUAACAAAUUCCUGCUUUAUGCUUAAAACAUUGAGAGAAGCUUAUUUUAACUUGAACGUGAGU